ACAUGAACGCGGGCUUUUGUUUACUAUUACUCCUCCUCCUCCUGUACCUGAAUGUUUGUCUAUAGACAGCUAAGGAAACCACGACCUCUAGAUCUCCUAAUCCUCUCUCUCUUUCUCUGAUCUCCCUCUCUGGCUCUCUCUGUUAAUUGUUGAUGAAAAGAUCAGGAAUGACAUUAUUCCGGCCUGCUGGACUCAGGGUCCUUAUAACUGUUCUGGUCCUAAUCCAGCUUCUUCCUCCAGCUUCUACACUUAAGAAUAAUCAUUCCCACUGUGCUCCUUCUUCUUGUGGCAAUAUCCCCAACAUCAGCUAUCCGUUUCGACUAAAAGGGGAUCCACCGAACUGCGGAGAUCAAAGGUAUGAGCUCUCAUGUGAUGACAACAACAAUACGUUGUUAUCUUUCGAUAAUGGUAGUAAAUACUACGUAAGGCAAAUCAAUUACACCGACUACAAAAUCCGAAUUGUAGACGCAGGUAUUCAGGAGGAUAAUUACUCCUUCAUCCCUCGUUAUUUUCUAAACAAUGGUAAUUUCAGUAGGCCUCAGCACUUGGAUCCAUCUUUCUCAAAAGUUGUGGUUAUUGUGAAUUGUGGAAAGCCAAUGACUCCGACUCAUCCUUACAAUUUGAGGGUGAUUCCAACGAAUUGUAAUUCUAAUACUAAGAAUGGAUCUUGGUCGUCUUCCAACUCCUCUUUAUCUCAAUAUUCCAAAAGGUACAUAUAUCGUACUUUUUCCUAUGGAAGGAAUGUGAUGUAUGUGGAGGAGUCGUGCUUGAUAGAGCAAAUGUCUAUGACAACGUACGGAGAAUUUUAUGAUAAUAUUUCGUGUACAGACCUUCGUAAUUUAUUCUCAUAUGGUUUUGAACUUUCAUGGUACCGACUUUAUUGUGGAAGCUGCCGAUACGAUAGUUGCUACUUCCGUGAUUACGAUAAUCAAGUUCAUUGCAAAGGCCACCGAUUUACUUUCCUUACUUUCUUAGGAUAUCUAUCCGAAGUUAUAUAUGCAGUACUUGAGGCAGCUUAUUAUACUGGAUACUGGGCCAUCGAUCGGUUCAUUCCAAACACAGAACAUGAUUCAACAUUUUUUGUUGUAAUAGAAGUAAUAAUUGGACUACUACUCGAAUGGCGUGGGCCUUUUAGCGUGUUAGGCACUCCAUUUGUGAUUGCAUUUUUGAUAUAUAAAUGGCGAAGGAGGCACUUAUCCAUGUACAACGGUGUUGAAGAAUUUCUACAAAGCCAAAAUAACUUCAUGCCAAUAAGUUACUCCUACUCAGAAAUUAAGAAGAUGACCAAAGGUUUUAGGGAAAAAUUGGGUGAAGGAGGAUAUGGCACAGUAUUUAAAGGAACACUUCGGAGUGGAUGUCUUGUGGCAGUAAAAAUGUUAGGCCAGUCAAAAACAGAUGGGCAAGAUUUUAUCAAUGAGGUGGCAACUAUUGGAAGGAUUCAUCAUAUUAAUGUGGUGCAACUCAUUGGUUAUUGCGUUCAUGGAUCAAAGCGUGCUCUUGUAUAUGACUUCAUGCCCAAAGGAUCUCUCAAUAAAUAUAUUUUUUCAUCGGAGGAAAGUUUCUUCAUAGACAAUGAGAAAACAUAUAAUAUUGCUCUGGGAGUGGCUCGUGGGAUUGAGUAUUUACAUCGAGGAUGUGACAUGCAGAUUUUGCAUUUCGAUAUCAAACCUCACAACAUCCUUCUUGACGAGAAUUUUACCCCUAAGGUUUCUGACUUUGGCUUAGCAAAAUUGUAUUCGAUAGAAGACAAUACUAUUUGUUUGACUGCCGCAAGAGGGACAUUGGGAUACAUGGCUCCUGAAUUAUUCUACAAAAACAUUGGAGGUAUUUCAUACAAGGCUGAUGUUUAUAGUUUUGGAAUGCUAUUGAUGGAAAUGGUUGGCAAAAGAAAGAACAUAAAUGCUUUUGCAGAACAUUCAAGCCAGAUUUACUUUCCUUCCUGGGUGUAUGAUCAAUUCAAUUAUGGAAAAGAUAUUGAAAUAGAAUCCUGUGCCACUGAAGAGGAAAAAGAGAUUGUUAAGAAGAUGAUCAUUGUCGCAUUAUGGUGUAUACAAACGAAUCCUAGUAAUCGUCCUUCUAUGAACAAAGUUAUAGAAAUGCUUGAAGGAAAAGUUGAGCACUUACAAAUACCUUCUAGGCCUCCCUUAUCAUCACCAGAGAGAGUGAUCAAUGAUGGUGAAGAUAAUUCAAGUGAAGAUUGGCUGUCAAGUCAAACUUUGCCAUCAACUUCUUAAAAGAAAAGCUAUCAUCCAAGUCUUGACAGGCAUGUGGACAACUGUACUCUUCUCCUAUUUGGUUUCUGUUUUUAUAAUUGAGUUUUAUUUGAGAAAGUUAUGAUGCUAUUCUUCAGUUUGUAUCAGACAUUUUUUCCCCACUUUGGUAUAUUGGAUUGUACUAUAUUUGGCACUCAAUAGCAUUUUAACCAAUAAAGACACUAUUUCGAACAUCAUA